CGUCACGAUAUUAAAGUAUACCCAAUUGUCCAGAAGAUUUCAAUUCACUCGCAUCGAAAUGCUGCCCGAAACACCCAGUUUUUCAUCUCUUCCGCUCAAAAGGGGCGGGCCUAGAGGGAAUGCUUGGGGUUUGUAUGGAGAGAAGGAUGAGCUAGGCAUGCUCAAUCGCCUUACCCCAGAAACCACUCUUGCAGCAACAAAGGAAAUUGUUCAUGGCAUACGAAUAACAACAGAUUGGAGCCUGAAUGCGCUCAAAACCCCGUGCUUUAGUCGGCAAGCAUUCCACCAACAUAUCAAGCACAAAGAGCCGAGGACUGUGAAUGACGAUAUCUUGACACUCAACACCCAGUCGAGCACUCAAUGGGAUGGCUUUAGACAUUUCGGAUAUCAAGAUCACAAGAUUUAUUUCAAUGGCUGUACGCAAGAGGACAUUCAUUCAACGAGCAAGAAUGGUAUUAAUGUUUGGGUAGAGAACGGUGGAGUCGUAGGUCGAGGAGUUCUUCUCGACUACGACCACUGGGCCAGCACCCAAGGCCGAACGCCCAAACCCUUGGAAACUACAGAGAUUACAGUUGCCGAUCUUCAAGCAGUCGCAGAUUCCCAAGGCGUUACGUUCAAACCUGGAGACAUCUUGUUCGUCCAUAGUGGAUAUUUAAAAGCUCUCGAAGCUCUCGAGUCUGAGGGUGGUGGCGCUAAGACUUACGCGACCACCACCGACAUGCCAGGUAUGGGGGUCAAGAGUUGUGAAGAGAGUCUCAAGUGGAUCUGGGAUAAUCAGUUUUCUGCUGUUGUGGGAGAUAUGAUGGCAUUCGAAGCAAUACCCUUCCAGAGUAAAACUCAUUGGAUGCAUGAAUGGUUGUUGGCGGGGUGGGGAAUGCCGAUAGGAGAAUUGUUUGAUUUGCAGAGGUUGGCGACUGAAUGUCGGAGGUUGAGUAAGUGGUCGUUCUUCUUUAGUAGUGUGCCGUUGAACGUCCCCGGUGGUGUUGCAUCUCCUCCAAAUGGGGUUGCUAUCUUGUGAGCGGGCUCUGCCGAAUCAAGGAGCUCCUGUAGAGGCACUUGAAUUCUACUCGUGUGGGUUUUCUCCAAAUUCGAUUUCCUCCAACUUGUUUUACAGCAGAGAUCCUGCCUUCGUCCAAUUAACGAAUCGUGUUUUCAAGCUUCUGGAUCGCGGAACAUCCAACACCCAUCUGAGUUCUCAUGCAAGACAGCUUUCCUGUUACCAAUGGCUUUCUCCACGCC